CGAGCUCCAUGCUUCGCCCAGCCCCGCGCGAUGGUGACUCUGGGCGCGGAGGGUGGCUAUGGGAGAGCCCGCAGAUCGCAGCAGCGUGAAGGCGGGGAGCGCGGGGGGCGGCGGGCGGGGACUGUCUCCCCGACCUCGGCACCCAGAGACGCGGCUCAACCACCUGAACCCGGAAAAACGCCAACAAGUAGUUUCUCCUUUGAGGAGGGCGUCUCAGCUGGCCGCAGAGACUCCGUCCGGCUGCAGGGAGAAUCUCGUCCACUCGGAGACCCAAGCAGAGCCACUUUUCUCCCGGUCUCCUUAAGUCAUGUCUGAGCCACAGAGAUGGGCAAGAUCGAGAACAACGAGAGGGUGAUCCUCAAUGUCGGCGGCACCCGGCACGAAACCUACCGCAGCACUCUCAAGACCCUUCCGGGGACGCGCCUGGCCCUCCUCGCCUCCUCUGAGCCCCAGGGCGACUGCCUGACGGCCGCGGGCGACAAGCUGCAGCCGCUGCCCCCUCCCCUUUCUCCGCCGCCGCGACCUCCUCCCUUGUCCCCUGUCCCCAGCGGCUGCUUCGAAGGCGGCGCGGGCAACUGCAGUUCCCACGACGGCAAUGGCAGCGACCACCCCGGGGGAGGCCGCGAGUUCUUCUUCGAUCGCCACCCGGGCGUCUUCGCCUACGUGCUCAACUACUACCGCACGGGCAAGCUGCACUGCCCCGCCGACGUGUGCGGGCCGCUCUUCGAGGAAGAGCUGGCCUUUUGGGGCAUCGACGAGACCGACGUGGAGCCCUGCUGCUGGAUGACCUACCGCCAGCACCGUGACGCGGAGGAGGCGCUGGACAUCUUCGAGACACCGGACCUCAUCGGGGGCGACCCCGGAGACGAUGAGGACCUAGCGGCCAAGAGGCUGGGCAUUGAGGAUGCCGCAGGGCUGGGAGGUCCCGACGGCAAGUCUGGCCGCUGGAGGAGGCUGCAGCCCCGCAUGUGGGCCCUCUUUGAGGACCCCUACUCGUCCAGAGCCGCCAGGUUUAUUGCCUUUGCUUCUUUAUUCUUCAUCUUGGUUUCCAUCACAACCUUUUGCCUGGAGACGCACGAAGCUUUCAAUAUUGUUAAAAACAAGACAGAGCCAGUCAUCAACGGUACAGGCGCGGUUCUCCAGUACGAAAUUGAAACGGAUCCUGCUUUGACGUACGUAGAAGGAGUGUGUGUGGUGUGGUUUACCUUCGAAUUUUUAGUCCGUAUUGUGUUUUCGCCCAACAAACUUGAAUUCGUCAAAAAUCUCUUGAACAUCAUUGACUUCGUGGCCAUCCUCCCGUUCUACUUAGAGGUGGGACUCAGCGGGCUGUCUUCCAAAGCGGCUAAGGAUGUGCUCGGCUUUCUCAGGGUGGUUAGGUUUGUGAGGAUCCUGCGAAUCUUCAAGCUCACCCGCCAUUUCGUAGGUCUGAGGGUGCUCGGACACACUCUCCGUGCGAGUACCAACGAGUUUUUGCUGCUGAUCAUCUUCCUGGCUCUGGGAGUUUUGAUAUUCGCUACGAUGAUCUACUAUGCGGAGAGAGUUGGUGCGCAGCCCAAUGACCCUUCAGCUAGCGAGCACACACAGUUCAAGAACAUCCCCAUUGGUUUCUGGUGGGCCGUGGUGACCAUGACUACGUUAGGCUAUGGGGAUAUGUACCCCCAAACCUGGUCAGGGAUGUUGGUGGGGGCCUUGUGUGCUCUGGCUGGAGUGCUGACCAUAGCCAUGCCAGUGCCUGUCAUUGUCAACAAUUUCGGAAUGUACUACUCCUUGGCGAUGGCGAAGCAGAAGCUUCCGAGGAAAAGAAAGAAGCAUAUUCCUCCCGCCCCCCUGGCAAGCUCGCCUACCUUUUGCAAGACAGAAUUAAAUAUGGCUUGCAACAGUACCCAGAGUGACACCUGUCUGGGCAAAGAAAACCGGCUUCUGGAACAUAACAGAUCAGUGUUAUCAGGUGACGACAGUACAGGAAGUGAGCCGCCAUUAUCACCUCCAGAAAGGCUCCCCAUCAGACGCUCUAGUACCAGAGACAAAAACAGAAGAGGGGAAACGUGUUUCCUACUGACGACAGGUGAUUACACGUGCACUUCUGAUGGAGGAAUCAGGAAAGGAUAUGAAAAAUCCCGAAGCUUAAACAACAUAGCGGGCUUGGCAGGCAAUGCUCUGAGACUCUCUCCAGUAACAUCCCCUUACAACUCUCCGUGUCCUCUGAGGCGCUCUCGAUCUCCCAUCCCAUCUAUCUUGUAAACCAAACUGCAUCAAUCGGCUAAAUUCUAUCAAUACAAGUACUGUUUACCCUGUAAUGGAAACAAUUAAGUAUAGAGUUUCCCCAGGCUCCAUUAAUACAGUAUAGAUCCUGCAUGAUGUUACUAUUUGAAGUCAGAAAUCCUACUGAGUAGCGAAAACAUCUUAUCCUGGCUUUAAAGAUGUUCUAAAGUAGCGCUACUACUCAAUAUAGGAAUUGCCCCAAUUUCCUUCUGCAAUACAAUGACCAAUAGUGUCAGAUAUUGGCCAGUACAUGGAAGCAUAACCAUACCUUCAGGGAGAUAUACUUAAAUAGUGUGCUUCUAAAUGCCAACCACUUCACUUCUCGUGGACCUUCAUUUCUCGUGACUCCAAACCAUUCGGAAGAUAUCUGGGAUCCUAUCUAGAUCGAAAACGACAUGACUUUGGUCAGCUCAUUUGCAUGGACCAUCUUGUCUGUAUCACCUGAAUACAAUGUUGUAGAGUCCUGGGACCGGAUGGCUCAGGACACUCGUACUCGCUUCAAACCAUCCUGACAAUAUGAAAGCACUGGUCGCCUGUUCUGCAUGUUGAAUUGUGGGGCAGGGAGGGGCGCCUUUCUCCUCGGUAUUUCCCCCCUCUACUUUGAUAGAAGUGUUUGCUUUAAAUACCUUAAUUUCUCAAUUGACUUAUUUUUCUUAAAAAAAAAAUGCUGUAUUGGUGUUCUGAAUGUUUUUGGUUGUUUGUACACACAGAUAACUGCAAAGAGGUUGUCAUUACUGGUUACACGCAAGCCGAGGCCAGAUCUCUUACUUAAUGACUUGGGGAAGGCACAAAACAUGAGAGAAAGGUAACUGCUAGCCAAGCUUGCAUUGUUUAGCCAAGAAUUGCUGCUUGGUACUAGAGCCAUUUCCCCCCCUAUAAAUCCUAGAAUUUGUUAUUAUUUUUCAGCAUUAGAGUGCCAAAUAUUACCCAAAGCUCUGUUUUUUUUUCUGCCUCUUUAUUUGUAUUUAUUAAUUUAUGUGAACAUCAAAGGUUACUGAUGUUCACUGAAGGCUUUUUUGUUGUUGUGGUUUUUUCGACUAGCCUUAAAAUUUGCAUCAAAGGACUAAUCAGAUUUUUCAGGCAGUGUUUAAUCAGGUGCUUCGUCCUGUGUGUUGUUUCCGUCUGUCUGCCUUAGUGCCCUGUCUUGAAUGUGUAUGCCAUCUGUCUCUAUAGAGGGUAGAUACGCCCUGAUAGACUCUUUAAACUUAGUACUGAUCUCCCUACCUCCUGCCUCCUGUCUUCUUUGCUACUUGGAGCAGCCUUUCUGCUUUGUAUAUAAAAUUAAUGAUGCUCUGUAGACUACCUAAAUAAUAGGCACUGUGAACCUCCUCCCACUUUUAUUUUAUUUUAUUUUUUUGAUGAGCAGGACUAAAGCAGCAAUUUCUCCUAGGACUUGGUUGCCUACUGAAGUGUUGGUUUCCACUACCUAGCAACCAGCCUUCAUCACCACAUUCCAACAAACACCCCUAGGGAGCUUUUUUGCAGUCUGGAGAGAAGCUAGUCUGUUUACACAUCCCUACCAAAUGCCAUAGCAAUAGUGUGUCUGAUAUUUUGGGUAUAGGAGGGAAGAAAAAUGCCAUAUUGUAAUUGUAGCAUAGACAAAGCUUUUGAUGCAUUAGUCCUUAAGAUUGUUGAUGAAUUCCUAAUUUUCAUGUUUAUUUUUGAUAGGAAGGCAUUUGUCACUUUUGUUAUUGGCUAAAGACAUGUGCUAGUUUCCAUCCCCAAGCCCUAGAGCAUGAGAUGCAUGUCAGAGAUCUUGUACAACAGUGCUUUACCCAGACGUAAAUAUCCGAGAUUUAGAGAUACUGUGAUUCUUUUGAUAACACCACUCAUAGAAUGCUAUAAAUACUCAAAGAUUUGUGGUAAGGAAUUAAUAUGCUGUCUGGUGCUGCUGUUAUUGACUGCAGUGUUGUACAGAAUUUAUCAUGGAUUUUUGACUGCUGCAAAGGGACAGUGAGAUUUAGCCAUAUCAAGGACUGCACUGGAAACUCUGCUACUGAAUGUGCCUGAUGUGACCGGUUUGCGCUCAGAAGAGGUCCUGCAUCUCCACGAGGCAUUUACAGCUUAUAACGGAACAGUGGCGGGAACUGAAAUGGUGCUUGCUAUGGGAACUUUCUGCUUGUUAACUGACCAGUGUCCAUGAAACAACUGUAAAUACCAGCGUGUGCAUGGGUCAGCCCCUCUCACCAGUCUCCCAGCACAGAAAGCCACAUUCUCGGGCAACAUCUGGGAAGCUUCAAGUAAUUGCCCACAAGGCUCUGAAUGGCUCCUCUCAGGCUCACGAUGGUUUUUGCUGUGAAUGACAGAAGGCAGUAAAUUCGAUGUAGUAUAGGUGUGUUUUCAUAUCUCUUAUUUGUACAUUAUGUGUUGGAUCCAGAAACACUGAUUGCCUCACUUUCUUGCAAACUCCUUAUAUAUCAGCUUGUCAACUAUGUUGUAAACUUUUAGAGUCUACAUAUAAAUCUGACCGUUUUUUAGUCGUGUCUUUAUUUAGUUCUGGAAAGCUGUUACUAUCUAAGAGAAAUUCAUCAACAGUAUUCAUAGUUCAAGUAUUUUGUCCUUGUUACCUCAAUUAUAAAUAUUAAAAAGAUAUAAAUUCUGGCAAUGAGAAUAUUUUUUUAUUAAAUGAUCAAGGAAUAUGUCAGUAUAUAGUAGAAUAUUAUCAAAUUAUAUCCUAAAAUGUCUAUUUUGCAUAAAAGAGAUAUUCUUCAAUCAAUUCCUUUUUUGGUGAGCUUUGUGGCUAAUGAAAUGUGCAUUUGUCUUUAAAACUGCUAUAGUUAAAACUGUAUAAGAGUUUUUCAUCUUGCUUAAUCAAUAUUUCCAGACUAUUAGUUCCCCUGGGAUUCUGAAUAUACUAUAUAACCUAAUUGCAAACUCCUGUAUCGUGUACCUUUUGUGACCAUCUCAAGGUGCAUGCCUAACCUUGGUGAUAAACCAAUGGACAUGUUACUAACUGAAAUGAAGAAUAAAAGGCAAAUGAGCUGGGGAUAAACUUGAAUCCUAUCUGAUUAAAUUAUUCAUUUCCUUC